AUGUCAGGCCCCGGGCAGCGGGAGCCGCCGCAGGCGGGCGGGCCGGCGGGCCCCGAGGGCGCGGACGCGGCGUUGGGCGAGGCGGGGCAGAGUUUCACGACCACCGACCUGAGCCUUGUGGAGAUGACCGAGAUCGAGUACACACAGCUGCAGCACAUCCUCUACUCGCACAUGGAGGCGGCGGCGGCCGGCGGCGGGGGCGCGCCGCCCGUGUACCCGGUGCUGUGCCCGCCUGCUCUGGCCGAUGCCGGCUUCGCGGGCGCCGACCAGUGCCUGGGCCACAUCGACUUCCAGGAGCUGCGCACGAUGCUGCUGAGCGAGGCGGGCGCGCCCCCCGCCGCCGAGAAGACGCCGGGCGCCGGCGCACCCCGGCCCAAGGCGCGCCCGAAGGCGCCCGACGGCGCCGGCAAGGAGAACGUGGAGGGCGCGCCCGAGACGCGGGCCAAGUCGGCCGUGCGCGUCCGCCUGGAGGACCGCUUCAAUAGCAUCCCAGCCGAGCCCCCGCCAGCCCCGCGCGGCGCGGAUCCCCCCGAGGCCGGCAUGACGCUCAACAAUUUGGUAACUCUUAUUCGCCAUCCAUCGGAAUUAAUGAAUGUUCCUCUUCAUCAGCAACGAAACAAAUGUACGACAUUAGUGAAAAAUAAAACUGCUUCUGCAACGACUGCUCUGCAGUUGACCUACCCUCUGCUUACUGCCAGUAGUUGCUCUACUAGUGGAAAUUCUCGUCUUUCACAAACACAGGUAGGGAAAAUGAUUUGCGAAGCUGUGCUCUUUUGUAAAGAAGCGCUACGUAAGCAAGCAAUACAUAAGAGGAGUCGGAGUAAGCUACGUCAGUUGGACACACACAUAGAGCGAAGAGCCCUUGGAGAGCUCCAGAAUGUGGGUGAAGGCUCCACAGCAGCGCAGGGUGGUUGGCAGUCGGCGGAGCCGUCCCAGGCCACCCUCGGGGAGCAGACCCCGAGCGGGCCCCAGGGGGGCAGGUCCCAGCGCAGGGAGAGGCACAACCGCAUGGAAAGAGAUAGAAGGCGCAGAAUCCGCAUUUGCUGUGAUGAGUUGAAUCUUUUAGUCCCGUUCUGCAACGCCGAGACCGAUAAGGCAACGACUCUGCAGUGGACCACAGCGUUCCUGAAGUAUAUUCAGGAAAGACAUGGAGAUUCUCUUAAAAAGGAAUUUGAGAGUGUAUUUUGCGGUAAAACUGGCAGAAGGCUAAAGUUGACCAGACCAGACUCCUUGGGGACGUGUCCCACACAGGAGAGACAGAGUAGCCCAGCUCUGGAGAUCACGUGACCGGAUGGGAACACUGAUGCCUGGGAAGUGAACGGCUGUUCCUUCGUGACCCAUAAGCAUUUCCUGGGACCCUGGAACUCAGCUCUGAUGGUCUAACUCUAAAGGGACACGAUGCAGCUGAUGGGGCUCCAGUGGGGACUUUGAAAGCACAUUUCGUAAAAAUAUUUCUCUACAACAAAAUGCUUACCCAUUCCAUGUCCUCUUAGACCAUUUGGGGAUGAAGACAUCUUGACAAUUAGUAAGUAAUUUUUCAAUUAUCUGUCUGAUUCUAUCAUGUUUUCUUAACAUGAUAACUCAAGAAAUUAACAUCCUUUGUAAUUUCUUUAAUCUUAGAAGGUACAUUGCUUUUUACUUAUUUUAUUUACAUUUUAAAUAUGCCCCCUUAGCAACUAGAACAAGUUAAAUUGUUCUUAACUCUAAGUAGUUUGGACAUUUUAUUUCAUUUGUUUAUCGCUUCCCCUUGUAAUGAUUUCUAGCUGCACAGAACUGUAUUGCAGAAUGCAGUCCUGUUUUAAACCUUUUUGCUAGAAAUUUUCCAGAGAUCUCCUUUAAAGGUACUUUUGUCCAUACAUGAAAUAUGGUCACGGUGGGUCG